AUGGAGAAGGAUAACGUCGCCAAAACUGCUGGACAGUUUCAUGAUCCUAGCUCUGAUAGCGAUGGCCUUAAGCAUGAGAUUAGCUCUCAUGAAGGUCACAGCCAUGACUUCCAGACCGUCCAAGAGUCUGCUGACAACACCAACAUUUACUCCCAAGGUGGCAAGAACUUUCGAACACUGAAGCGAUGGGAUACCAUAUUUAUCCUAUUUGCCAAUCAGAUCGGUCUUGGUAUCUUGUCUCUUCCCUCGACCCUCAAGACCCUCGGCCUCGUUCCCGGUAUUAUCGCGCUUAUCGGCAUCGGUGUGAUAUCAUGGUAUACAGCGUAUGAGCUGUUACAAUACUACAGGCUGCACCCUCAGGUAUUGAACAUCGUCGACAUGACCCGCUUCGUCGGUGGAAGAACCCUGGAGAGCAUCACAGGUGUCAUGAUGAUGAUACAAGUCAUCUUCGUCGCGGCUUCAGCUAUGGUCACCCUGUCAAUUGCCCUCAACACAAUCAGCAGCCAUGCAGCCUGCACUGUCGUCUUCAUCUUCAUCUCC